AGCGGCGCGCGCUGUUUCCGGAAGUGUCCCCCGCGGUCUGUUCCGUGGCUGCCUCCGACACUGCGGUCGCUGCUCUUCGCUGCGGAACUCUGCGCGUGGACCGGUGUCGGCCUGGGCGGGGCCAGGGUUCGGUCUGAGCGGCAGAAUGGAGAUAAUCCGGAGCAAUUUUAAGAUUAAUCUUCACAAAGUGUACCAGGCCAUAGAGGAGGCUGACUUCUUCGCCAUCGAUGGGGAGUUUUCAGGAAUCAGCGAUGGACCCUCAGUCACUGCAUUGACAAGUGGUUUUGACACCCCAGAAGAGAGAUAUCAGAAGCUUAAAAAGCAUUCUAUGGACUUCUUACUGUUUCAGUUUGGCCUUUGCACUUUUAAGUAUGACCACAUAGAUUCCAAGCACGUAACGAAGUCAUUUAACUUCUAUGUUUUCCCCAAGCCUUUCAGUAGGUCCUCACCAGAUGUCAAGUUCGUUUGCCAGAGCUCCAGCAUUGACUUCCUAGCGAGCCAAGGAUUUGACUUUAAUAAAGUGUUUUGCAGUGGAAUUCCAUAUCUGAAUCAAGAAGAAGAAAGACAGCUGAGAGAGCAAUUGGAUGAAAAACGUUCUCAGGCCAAUGGGGCAGGAGCUCCGACAAAAUGUCCUGUGACAAUUCCUGAGGAUCAGAGGAAAUUUAUUGACCAAGUAAUAGAGAAGAUAGAGGACUUCCUACGAAAUGAAGAGAAGAGCUUGGAUCUAGAGCCGUGCACUGGGUUCCAAAGAAAACUUAUUUAUCAGACUUUGAGUUGGAAGUAUCCCAAAGGCAUUCAUGUUGAGACACUAGAGACUGAAAAGAAGGAGAGACACAUAGUUAUCAGCAAAGUGGAUGAGGAAGAACGCAAGAGAAGGGAGCAGGAGAAGUAUGCAAAGGAGCAGGAGGAACUGAAUGAUGCUGUGGGAUUUUCAAGAGUCAUCCAUGCCAUUGCUAAUUCGGGGAAGCUGGUUGUUGGACACAAUAUGCUCUUGGAUGUCAUGCAUACAAUUCACCAGUUCUACUGCCCUCUGCCUGCAGAUCUGAAUGAGUUUAAGGAGAUGACAACAUGUGUCUUCCCCAGACUUUUGGAUACUAAGUUGAUGGCCAGCACACAGCCUUUUAAGGAUAUCAUUAACAACACAUCCCUUGCAGAGUUGGAAAAGCGGUUAAAAGAGACACCUUUUGACCCUCCUAAAGUUGAAAGUGCAGAAGACUUUCCAAGCUAUGACACAGCUUCUGAGCAGCUCCAUGAGGCAGGGUAUGACGCUUACAUCACAGGACUCUGCUUCCUCUCCAUGGCAAAUUACCUAGGUUCUUUACUCGAUCCUCCAAAAGUGUGUGUGUCCACCAGAUCAAAACUCAUUGAACCCUUUUUUAACAAGUUAUUUCUUAUGAGGGUCAUGGACAUUCCCUAUCUGAACUUGGAAGGGCCAGACUUGCAGCCUAAACGUGAUCAUGUUCUCCACGUGACAUUCCCCAAAGAGUGGAAAACCAGUGACCUUUACCAGCUCUUCAGCGCCUUUGGUAACAUUCAGAUAUCCUGGAUUGAUGACACGUCAGCCUUCGUUUCUCUCAGCCAGCCCGAACAAGUACAAAUCGCUGUUAACACCAGCAAGUACGCUGAAAGCUAUCGGAUCCAGACCUAUGCUGAGUAUGUGGGGAGAAAGCGAGAAGACAAGCAGGUCAAGAGGAAGUGGACAGAAGACAGCUGGAAGGAGGUGGACAGAAAGCAGCCCAACGUGCCAGGCCCCUGUUCCCACACCAACAGCUUCGCAGCAACUAGCAUGAUUGGAAAGAGAAAUCUGAGUCCUGACCCAGGGGAAUCUGGCUCGGAGGACAGAGAAGUGAUAUCUGACUCUGAGCUUGAGCAGACAGAUUCCUGUGCAGACCCCCUCCCAGAGGGACGGAAAAGGGCCAAGAAGUUAAAAAGAAUGAAGAAAGAGCUUUCCUUGGCAGUGCUGACAGCGCUGAACAGUGUGAACCGAAAACAAAGUAGAUUUUGUACUUCUUCGUCAGUACUGCAAAAAAAGACACCACAGGAGAGACACCUUGACGCUGAGUUGGAGGACAUGGGGGAAGUGGGCUUUUUUUCUGAAGCCUCCUAAGUAAAGCCUCUGGCUGCAAGGCAGAACUCGCUGGACCCGUGGCCAUCUUGGUUUAAGUACUCAGUCCUGUUUGUGUCUGCAAGCCAGGCCAGGGUCGUCAGAGGCUGAACAUACUGAGUCAACCAGUCUUGUUGCUCUCUUCUCUGAGUGAGCCCUGUUGUGAGUGACUACAGAGGUUCUGAAAGUAGCAGGAGUGGGAUUUCAGUUCUGCUGGGGUGGGGCUGUGUGGAGUGUCAGGGAGCGUGCGGCCCAGUGUCUGCCUGAGAGCUUGAGCACUCAGCUUUGUGAGUCUCAGCCUGUGUCCUGCACCAAGGCUGCUAACUAAGAGGUGGGCCAGCCUGGGGGACUUUGUUUUCCAAAGAGUGUGUGGCAGAAGCAGUGUGUGAUGUCCCACAGCUGCCAUACAGAAUGUUGUCAGUUGCUUACCCUAGAUACACUAGAAGGUAAACCCCAGAUGCCUUCACCUGUGACAGAAUACCCAAAUAGCUGGAGAAAUAGCCGUUUGCUGAGUUUCUGUUGUGCCAUGGUGCAUCAGGAUGUAUCUGCCCUCACAACCUCUUUUGGCAUCUUGCCAGGUUCUGUCACCACACAGUACGAUACAGAGGCUGUCAGGAUAGAGAGGAGACAGGUUAGUGGAUUCACUCUUGAGUGGUCAGAGCCCAGAGCUUCGGCUCUGCCUGUUUCCCUGUCUGCCUCAGUGACAGGCCUGGAUGCUUUCCAUUAUGAACAUGCUUUUCCUCAGCUCAGUCCACACUCAAGCCAGACUAGAUGCUGUGGUUCACAUACCAGUCCAGCUGUGUUGCCACUGUCACACACACACACACACACACACACACACACACACACACACACGCCACUGUCUCACAAAUGGCAGAAGUGGAAGAAUUUCAGACCUACAGGAAACCUGACUGUAACUGACCCAGAGGAGGACUCAGCCUGCAUCACUGCCUCUGCAAAAACCAUGGCUGUUGUUGCUGUCCUAGGACCCGUGGUCCUCACUGGCCUGCUACCCCUGGUAUUUCUCCUGCAGGUACCAGCUGCUCCCCUCUCAUGAAAACUCAGGUUGUUGAUGCUCUAGUGAGGAGCUUAGUGCUUGCUCUAAACUCACUCAGGCACUUGGUAGAUUUAAGUCCCUUACCUUUCUAUGUCUGUUCUUUCACCACUAUCAUGGGGACAUCGAUGGCUCCCUGGUGGCUUUUAUGAAGUGUGUGAAUUAAAUGCCCAGCUUGGUGUCCAGCAGGGAAUGCUGCAUGCACAUGUACAUGAAGUGCUUACACCCAAACUCCCAUCUGUGUGCAAACAGGCCGCCAAAGCAGGCCAGGGUUGCCACCUCCCUAAAGGUUCCUGUGUCUUCCCCUUCAUGUGCUGGGUCUGUCCCCAAGUCCAGGACCUACCUGUGCACCAGUCCUUCCCUGCUUGUCUGCAGUUGGGCACAGGGUGCUGUCCUUGCUAGCCAGCAGUGUUCCCCUAGUGACUGUCCAUGUCCUUAAUCUGCUUCUCCUUUCCCCCCAGGAACCGUCGCAGAUAGCCCUGCCAUGCUUUUUGAAGUCCCUGACACGUGGUAACAGAGACCAGGGUGGAGCACACUGAGCGUGCUGCUGCUGAGGGAGAGCUCGCCCAGCCUGCCUGUUUGGAAGCCAUACUGUAUGCACUUAAUCAAAUGAGGAAAGCAUGGGAGGGCUUUGGAACCAAGUCUGUCUCCUGCAAAAACUACUCUUUCGUUUUUGGCUGUCUCUAUUUCCCCUUUUCAUCUAAACUGACCCUUGGCAUACAUCAUAGUUGAGGGCUGUGGCAGGUGUGUUUGUUAUUAACUAAUUACUUCCUGCUCCUGGAAAACCUGUCCUGCCCUGAUGAGUGUUGGCAAGUCCACCCAGGGAGGAAGUCAGCUGUGAACCGUGCCGGGUGAACCAGCCUCCAGGGUGUGCUGGGCAUAUUCGUGCUGAGCUCUGCCCUGCCUGGAGGUGUGCCUGGACACCCCUCCAUUCAGCCUGUCAUCACACGUCAUGGUCACUGUGUCCCCUGCUUCCCACCAUCACUGCCUAGAAACAGCACUUAGGCUUGUCUUUUCAAUGGAGAUCUUCCUGUGCUGACUCAGGGUCAUCUCAGCAGAUACCUGGGCUUUGAGAGCACAUUAUUUCAAGUUCCUUUCCCUCAGAGUCUCACAUGGAUGGUAUGAGAUUGAGAAGCUGGAUUUUCUGUUCCUAUGCACAGUGCCAGAUUCAGUGUGUGUGUGUGUGUGUGUGUGUGUGUGUGUGUGUGUGUGUGUGUGUGCGUGAGACCAUAGCAGAACUGCAGCAUGCAUCAAGCCUUCAUUCAGACAGGUUCCACAGUGGCAAAGCACCAUGCGCUCCUGCAGGACACUCCACAGCAGACACUUCUGGAUAUGUAAUGCUUUUGUAUCAUGAAAAUAAAAGUAAAAAAUGAAUUUCAAAAAGAUGAAUUAAAAAAAAUUUCAUAGAAACUCA